GAGCUUUUACGCGUGACCAACGACGUAAACUACUGAAUCAGCAGUGCAAACCACAUCAGUCACGAUUCCACUCUCACUUUGCAAACCACAUCAAUCACGAUAACCCUCACACUUUCCUGGAGACUGUCGUCCACAUGGAGUCCAUAACCGCUGUCCCACCCACAUUGGGGAAAGUCCCGAAAAAGAAACCUGAACCUUAUGGGGGCUCCAGAACCCCCUCUUUUCACGAUAACAACGUGCCGUACGCGAUCUUUCAAAAAAUACUACAGCAUUUUUCAGGUCGAGUACUCAGACGACUGGCAAACCGCAUACAGAAGUAUAAAACUGUUCUUGAGCCAUACAUAGCCUUCUCGGGUGGGCACUGUAAAAAAGAUGACAUUGAGUUUAUCUGUCGCACGAUCGUAUUUUGCGCCUCCGAGAACCCAGACAUCGCCUUUCUACUCAAGUCAUUGCUCUUCCAAACGAUACUGGAUGCAAAGUUCGAUUUCUUUCGACACAUUCGGGGGGCAGAUCUACUGCAACAGCAAUCAACUCAUUACGACAUGUUGAGAAUGGGUUUCGUUUACGUCGAAGAGAUCCGGUUGCAUAGAAAAAAUUGUCGAGCUUGCGACUUGCAUUUUGACCUUUCCAACGAGGUGGUUGUCCAUGCUGAUGGAAUCAUAAGAGGGUUAUUCCCAUCUUCCAUACAAACAGUUACGAUGGGAACUUCCAUGCAAACAAUCACGACGGGAAGUCCCGCAGCACAAAAUUCACCAAGUCUAUCAAUAUCACCGGGGGCUCCCGCAGCCCAAGAUCCCGCAGCCCAAGAUCCCGCAGCACGUCUUCCAACGACGGAAAUGAAUGAGAGAUCUAGCAAAUUUCACCACGAUGAAGAGGUGAUCAUGCUCAUCUCAAAAGCUCUAGAUCCUAUGCCCCUUCAAUCCAUCAGCAAUCUCCUAAGUAAUGUGAGGAAAGCAUUAUAUAAUCGGAAGGUGCCUGGUCGUGGUGAUAAAAAAGAAGAGAUGUUCAGCAUCUGUCAAACAGUCCUCAAAUGUUCCGCUGAAGAUUUCGCCGCUGUCCAAAACACAUUCGACUUCAAUUCCCACUUUAACGUGCCAACACGUUUGGCUCACUACGGCAGUAGGGUUCGAGAGGUUCAAUAUCUCACGCAACUGUUCAUGUAUUAUUGCAAACAUGUUCGGGACCACCGAGCUUCCUGCAAUGGAUGCAAUGACGUUUUCAAGAUGAAAUUCUUCCUGAUGCAUACUGAUAAAAGGAGAGUAAUCUUACCUUGGGCCGCCUUGGAUGACGCAAAUCCAGUUCCAGCGGCAUCAUUUCCGGCGACAUCACCGCCAACAUCACCUCCGCCAGCAUCACCUCGGCCAACAUCACCUCCGCCAACAUCACCUCGGCCAACAUUACUUCCAGCGACGUCACUUCCGGCGACGUCAUUUUCAGCAACACCUAAUCGAGACACACUCCUAUCACCAGAAAUCGGAUUGGGUCCUGUUGUCAAUGAUCAGUACGACGCUACAGACACAAUAUGCACUGUGGAACCGCCAGGUGCAUAUAUCCCAUAUGGUGUACCUCAGCCUCAGCCUCAGGACUUCAUGUCAAACAUCUACAUGAAUCCUUCGGGCUCUAUUACCACAAUCAACCAUGGCUUCAGUUCAUAUGCUCCAAAUCAUCACUUCCUGAGCCGCGAGGCGUCAUACAUCCAACCAUAUACAUACUCUCUGGGCUACGAGAAUAGCAGUUUUUCUAAUGCAGAUGGAUAUGCGCACACAUCAAUGUCCCAGGCACAGGAUGCGAAGCCUUGGCCAGAACAAGACCAAACUUCAUCAACCUUGUAUUUCCGUUAUUAAUGGAUCAUCGAUCGUUUCUUUUCAUAUCGUGUUGCGGUAGUAGUUAUAAAGAAUCAAUGUAUCAAUAUUUCUCUAUAUUUCUCAAUAACACCCCCGUGGACUAUAUUCGUCUGCAACUAUCUGCCAAUCCUGAUGAACAGUGCUUUCAAUGUCGUCAACAAGAGGAAUACCAUGCAAAGUAUUCGGCAAAUAAUUCACCCCAUGGCCAAAAUCAGAAUAACGAGACGACCUGCGAUGAUGCGAUCCGUACCAUUGCGGGUGAAUUUCUCGCAUUCGGCUUACAAACUCAAUACCACACAUCAUAAGCCUCGGAACGUUGGUGGCCAUAGCCCGGAGGAAAAUCUCAACAGUCCAGAUAAGAAACAAGAUCAUCGUGUUAUUGGCUGUGCUUUCUGAAAGAAGUGAGUCAUCAUCGCCAGAUCAUCGAUUCAACACGACCGUCACGACGUACCUUUCAAAAAUACCAUGAUGCCCCUUGUUACGGCAAGAAUUACACACGUCAUCCAAAACACCGCGUAAAGCUCGAAUUUCACUCUGAUUGAUCGACCAGUGAGAAAUUUGUACAUCUUGAGUCCCAAUCCAAUGGUAACCGUCUCUCCCAAAAGAUCGGACACUAUCGAGCUAGACAGUAGCCCUUGUAAAGUCGGUUUGUCGCCUUGGAAUGCAUCGCAUCCGGCAAAUAAACCAGUGAAUAAUGCGGCC